GCUGCCUUGAGCUGGAGCUCCAAGCUCGCCAACAACGCUCGCCCACCAUACCCUGCGAUUCUCACACUCCGAUUACGCUACCGCCGCUUGGACUUGCGAACCACGGAAACAUUCGUCCCGAAUUGUCGUCACAAUCCCAAGAUACCUACAGACGCCCAACAUGGAAUUCGGCAAUACAGGCUCGCUGAGUGAAGAUGGCAUCCAUCUGGACAUGGAUCGGUUGAAGAAGGGCGAGGUCAACCUAGGUACCUCGAUCAUGGCAGUGACUUUCAAGGACGGCGUCAUCCUCGGAGCCGACUCGCGCACAACAACAGGUGCCUACAUUGCGAACCGCGUAACCGACAAGUUGACCCAGGUUCACGACACCAUCUGGUGCUGCCGCUCCGGGUCUGCCGCCGACACACAAGCUGUCGCCGAUAUCGUGAAGUACCAACUUGAGUUGUUCGCAAUGACCAGCGGCAAGCCGCCGACAACCCAGACGGCCGCCGCUAUCUUCCAAGAGAUUUGCUACGCCAACAAGGACCGGUUAACAGCCGGCCUCAUCAUUGCGGGGUGGGACGAGCGGCACGGCGGGCAGGUAUACAGCAUCCCGCUGGGCGGGUCGCUGCAUAAGCAGCCCUACGCCAUCGGCGGGUCCGGGUCUACCUACAUCUACGGCUUUUGCGAUGCCAACUGGCGUGAAGGCAUGGAGGAGGCCGAAGCCGUCAGCUUCGUCAAGGAAGCGCUCAAGGAGGCUAUCAAGUGGGACGGCAGCUCCGGCGGUGUCAUCCGCAUGGUUGUCCUGACCGCCAAGGGUGCUGACAGGCACCUCUACUUGCCGGACACCGACUACAAGGUACGGCAUCAGUGAGAAUCGGGUGGGUCUCGGUGUUUUGGGGUUAUGAGCAUGACGAGUCCAGAUCCGGAGUGACUGGGCUCUGUACAACAAUAUCAUUUCCGGUUGGGUCAGCGCAUCAGGCCCAUCUCCUAGGAGCAUGGGAAUCGUGAAACUGCUCUGAUCAAAGUGAGAGGGCCUUUCAAAGUGAAGC